AUGGCUGACAUCGCUGUUACCGCGGCUGCAACUCUGUCGACACCGCUUGUGAAUCUUGGGCUUAAAGCAUUAAAGUCCAUAGUUCAAAAUCCCACGGCUUCGCGCGCUGAAAUGCAUAAAGCGCUCAACGAUGGAUUAAAGGAUCUACUUGCUUCCCGGAGUGACAAGGACAGGGAAGUAGCUUUAAGCGAUAUCCAGAAAGAGCCGUCUCAUGUUUACAUGCGUUGGAAGGAGAGCGUAUCAAACAUUGAGAAAGAGGUGGCUUCCUUGAAUGAAAAAUAUGAAGCAGGACGAAAGAAACGGUAUGGAUGUAAAGGACGAGAUCCUGAUAAGGAGACCAUCAAAAGGGCACUCAAUGAGGUAAUCAAACUUACUGAAAAAUGUCCAGAUAAAAUUCUAGUUGAUAAGCUGCCAGAGCGGGUGAUUAAAGAAAUUGGUCUUCCAUCAAUUGCGGACUAUCCGACUCUUAAGGAAGCCUUGGAAAACAUUCAGACCCUGCUUCAAAUUAACAGCGUAAAAUGCGUGGCACUUUAUGGACAAAAAGGGGUGGGGAAAACAAUAAUAGUGCAGCACUUGAAUAACUACUUUUAUGAUAGCGUUGAUAAGUUGUUUGAUAUGGUCAUUUUCGUUAAAGUGUCAGCUGAUGAGCAGACUAAAGACCUUCACAUCCUGCAGAAAAUUGCGGAUCGAAUAAAGGUGGAUAGAGAAGGUAAUGAAUUUGAAGUUGCUGGAAGAAUACAGAGAGUGCUAGUGAACAAAAGAUAUUUACUGAUUUUAGAUGGCGUAAGGCGCACAGCCGAUGGGAUUUGGCAGAAGUUGGAUAUUUCAAGAGACAAAAAAGAUAGUAAGGUGGUAAUAACCACGAGUUAUCCUCUUGCUCGGAAAUCAAAAUGUGUCAACAGGAACGUCGAUCUGAAAAAGUUAUCCCCUCCUGAGGCAUGGAAGAUGUUUCGAGACAUUGUUGGUGACAAUUAUUUACCACACCUACCAACCGCCAGGCUGGUAUGCAAGAGGUUCUGCUCUGGUCUUCCCCUCCUUAUAGAUCCCAUUGCAAAGUCUUUUAAAUAUCAAGAGUCUCCCCCUGAUUGGCAGAAGGCUUUGAACGAAUGGACGCCUUGGCCUCAAGUUGGAAUCGAUGAAUUGAAAGAGUUAUACUCAAAGUUGGAACUUUGUUAUCAACUGUUGGGUGACCGAAGUAAACAAAAAUGCUUCCUUUAUGCUUCACUAUAUCCUGCAAACAGCAAGAUAUACACUGACUACUUAGUGGAGUGUUGUAUAGUUCAGGGCUUUCUCGGCGCUGUUGAUACAGAUGCUAAGUAUAGUGGCAUGCGCAGUCGAGCAAUUACUACGAUAUUGAGGCACCUUGUUAAUGUUGCAUUCUUGGAGGAAGGGGAACAAAUGAGGUAUGUAAAAAUGAAUGAUCUCUACAGGCAACUUGCUUUAUAUAUAUCAUCCAAAGAUUCAGAAUGUAGAACUUACGUUGAUGAUGAAGAACGUCAGGAGUCCUUUAGAUCAGAAUUAUGGCAGCAGGCUAGAUGGGUUUCUAUGGUUGGCACUAACAGGAAUAUUCUUCCGGAAAACCAAACUUGUGGGAGUCUUCAAACUCUAUUGCUACAAAAGAAUCUAGAGUUGGUUGAAAUUCCACCAGCCUAUUUUGACAGCAUGGGCAAUCUUCUUGUGUUAAACUUAUAUCGAAAUAAAAUAAGAAGGUUACCAUCUUUGUCAGGAUUAGCCAGGCUUAAAGCGUUCUAUCUAAAUGGUUGUUCAGACUUGAUAAUAUAUCCAUCUCAAAUCCAACCACUUAAACAUCUUGAGAUAUUUGACGUUCGAGAUACUGGGGUGAAUUUUGUGCCAUGCUUGGAAAGUUUGCGGUGCCUAAGAAUCUCAUACAUUGCAAGCAGUAAUUAUCAAGGAAUUUCAGAGCUUCGCAAAUUAGAAGAAUUGACCAUUGAAGUAAAAUUCCUGCAGCAGUGGUGUCGUGAUGCUGAAAAUAUUUUAUCAGAAGUUGCUUCUUUGGAAAAUUUAUCAACUUUCAGGUGCGGCUUUCCUUCUUCAGAAAUACUUGGAAAAUUCCUGGAGACCAGCAAAUCAUGGAGAGGUAAGAAGCAAUUUACUUCAUUUCAAUUUUUCGUGGGAUGUGAAAUCUCAAAACGUCCCAAAAUCAUUGAGUCUUUUAAGGAUAGAAUUUUCAAGUAUGUAAAGUAUUGUAAUGGUGACAAAAAAGAUGACUUGGCAAUCACUGAGAUACUCUCCCAAGCUGAAGCAUUUGAGUUAAUCUGUCACAACAAUGUUGCAAAUUUAUGUGAGUUGGCAAGGUCAUCAAACUUGGAAUAUCUCCGUAUUUUACUUAUCGACGGGUGCAAUCAAAUGUUAGUUGUUGUUCGAGGAGAUCUGGUUUGCAAUGCUAUUAAUGGCACCUUACCUAACAAUGCAAGUCUCUUGCCAAACUUGGAUCAAUUACAUUUGGACAAUUUGCGAGAUGUGAGGUGUGUUUUUAGGGGUCCUUUUCAUCCCGGAAGCUUUUCCAUGUUGCAUACUUUGACAUUGAAGAAUUGUCCAGAGUUGACAAGUAUCUUUUUCAAUACAGCCGCUGAUGAAUUUCCUGAAUUGCAGAAGUUAGUGGUUCAAGAUUGUUCAAAAAUUGAGGUUCUCAUCAGCGGGCAAAGCAUACUUCCGAAGUUGAAGAUAUUGACGUUGGAUAACUUGUUAAACUUCAAAUCCAUAUGCCCAAAUAAAAAUUUAGCAUGGAGUUCUUUGGAGCGGUUAAAUGUACAAAAUUGCCCUGAGUUGAAAGCUCUACCUUUCAACACAACCAAUGCAGCGAAACUAAGAACCAUUAAAGGUGAGAAAGAAUGGUGGAGCAAUUUGGAGUGGACUCCUCUUGAGGUUCACAAGCGAUUUGAAUCUACAUUUUCAGUUUCUACUUAA